AAAGAAACAGACGGACGGUAACCACAGCAACAGCCACCAAUUUUUCGUGUAAAAUACCGAAGUGUUUGAAAUUAUAUCAAUAUCUCGAUUGCAUCAAAGAUGAACUCUGUUACUCCACUACUUGUCUGUGCUUAUUUUGUCGUUUCACUGGAUACAGUGUUACUCAUCAAGCCGAAUCAAAACCAUGUUUCAGGUGAUCUUGAAGAAUUUUCGGAUUAUGAGAUGCUUCUCUCUAUUCAUGACGCAGUUCAACGAGUAGAGAUUAUGAGAGGACUGGGAUUCCCCUCAGACAGCAACACUGAAGAGGUGUGCUAUGAAAAACUUGGUUGUUUUAACAAGAACGGGACCUUUAAACAUCUACGCAUUUUACCCGAUUCUCCCAGCUCAAUUAAAACCCAGUUUUACUUAUACACUAGAAGUAACAGCGACGAAGCUCGGAUGCUAGAUUACAUUGAUGAGUCGACCGUGCUGACAUCUACCUUAAAUCCAGAGUCACCCUUAAAGAUAAUCAUUCACGGAUUUUUCCAAGACAGUAAGAAAUCCACACUAACCAAGAUCAGAAAAGCUAUUCUCGACAAAGAAAAUGCCAACGUUGUCAUGGUUGAUUGGGGAAAAGGUGCUAUACCUCCAUUCUAUAACGCUGCUUCUGUAAACACUGAACUAGUUGGACGCCAGGUAGCAGCACUGAUCAAGUUACUAAUUGAGAAGAGGGGAAUGUCGACAGCCAAUAUACACAUCAUUGGAUACAGUCUUGGUGCUCAUGCUGCUGGUUUUGUGGGCAAAAGACUUAAGGAAAUUUCAGGAGCUCGGAUUAAGCGGAUCACUGCUUUGGACCCUGCUGGACCAUUCUUCGAAGGCAAAGGUAAAGAUGUCCACCUGAGCGUUGAUGAUGCUGAGUAUGUCGAUGUUAUUCACACUAGUGUUGGCACCAACAUUUUGUCUGGAGAAGUUGGCAUGCACGAAGCUAUAGGACACGUGGACUUUUACCCUAAUGGUGGUAACCAGCAACCCAUGUGUUACCCAAAGAAAGGACUUGUUGAUGGCCUUGUUUGUAAUCAUAAAGCCUCAUCGAAGUAUUUUAUUGACUCCAUGACAAAUGACUGCCAUUACCAAAGCUACCCCUGUCCAGGAGGCUAUGAAGACUUUCUCGCUAGUAAAUGUUUCAGCUGUGAAAGCGGCUGUAGUAACAUGGGUUACUACAGUCACAAAUUUGACAGUGUUGGGUCCCUAUAUCUGGUUACCAGACGAGAGGAACCUUACUGUGGUAGACCAGUUAACAUUGCAGUCAAAGCGUCCAACAAUCAGAAGCGUACGUAUGGAGAGGUGUAUAUCACUGUUGUAGGAAAUACAGGAAAGUCGGACACAAUAAUUCUAACACAAAAAUCUGAUACAACCAUCGAAUCCGGAGAAGAAUUAAAUUUAUUGGCCAGUGUGGAUGCAGCUGUUCUUCCGGUGCGUGAAGUCAGAAUAACCUAUAAUCGUUAUAAGGGCUGGUUCACUUCUGGCACAGAAACUUGGAAGAUCGACCAUGUCAAAAUCACAAUUGAGAACAAAUCACGCUUCAAUGUAUGUGUUCCUGAAACUGAAUUACGAGAUGGACAGGAAACAACACUGACCAUUGGUGGAAACUGCUAACGUCAUUUCCACUGAACGAGGCAAAGGACCAUAUAUGUACAGCUGUACAAUAGUAAAUAAAACACUAAGUGUACA